UAAAUCUUCUCCACCUUUCCCUUUAAAUCGUUACGUAAUCCACAAACGUCGGUCAUUUUACUGUUCCCCCACCCCUCGGUUGAGUUCUACGCCAAACACAAACGUUCUGUCAACGGUUCACAGUUCUACUUAUUGUGCUAUGGCCCACUUUGGAUUUAUCCAGUGAAGUGUUUUAUGUUAAUUAAAUUGAUUUAACGUUAUCAAUUGCCGAUUGACAAUUGCAAAUAUGAUGACACCGAGUGAGCACGUGAGUGAGGAUUUUGGUGUUAAAAUUGGUGAAAAUAACUCAAAGAUCCCUGAGGUCGGUACCAUUUCACCAGGAACCAUCAAACAUGAGUCUCGUGAGCCUGACUUUAUGUCAAAUUACAGCACUUCAGUGGAGGGCUCAGUGGUUGCAUCGCCAUCAAUCGACAGUUUCUCAACCCUUCCCGAGCAAGACUCGUCGGAUUUUCAACUGGAUAACAGGGAUUUGCAAGUUAAGAUUGAUAAUCCACAGAAACACUUGGAGACGUUGGAGACGUACAUAACGUUUCGCAUCACGACGCGGACGACGAGGCCUGAGUUCGAGGAGUCGGAGUAUGUUGUUCGCAGACGGUAUAAUGACUUUAUUUGGCUGAGACAGAAGCUGGUAGAGACAUAUCCGUCUCACAUAAUUCCUCCAAUGCCAGGCAAGCACUCCCUCCUGGCUCAGCUCGACCGCUACUCCAAAGAGUUUAUAAUCGCCAGAAUGAAGCUCUUGCAUGUGUUUUUGAAUCGCAUAGUCAAUCAUCCGAUUCUGAGUUGCGACAAAGAAUUGAAGGGUUUUUUGACAGCUAAACCAGCUGAAUUUUCCAUAAUCAGGAAGAAUCGUGGAAAUGUCAUGGGAAAAGUGACUGAUUCAUUUCAAAAUAUUGCCAGUACUUACUCGAUGAAACAGAAGAAUCCGGAGUUUGAGAGGACCCGGGAUUAUUGCAAUGCAUUGUGCGAAAAAUUGUCUCACAUCGAUAAGAUCAAUCAUCGAAUACACAAGGAGAGGCAAGAAUAUGUAAUCGAGCUUCAUCAGAUGCACCCUAUAUUCACCCAAUGGUCGGCAUCUGAACCAGAAUUGUCACCACUUCUGUUGACAAUUGCUCGAGCCAUUGAAGCUAAUGGGGCAGCUCAUCACAAAUUCAUGGAUAAUGUAUCGGCUAGUGAACGAGAGUACAUCGCUUAUGUGGAAUCUGUCAAGGAUGCACUGACGAGGCGAGAUAACAUGCAGCUAGAGUAUGAGUUGACGAUGGAUGAAUUGUCGAAGAGGAGAUAUGAGAAAGAUCAGUUGCUGGACUCUACGAGUAACACCCCAAGAUCUCAAGGAUGGAGUGGGACUCUCUGGAAGGGUGAAUCUCGUGACGAAAAACUCGAGAGAUUGGGCCAGACUGUUCCACGUCUGGCGAAGCGUUCGGAAAUUCUCCAGGAUCGUUUGGAAUGCACCAACGAGAAUCUCCGAAGUGACGUUGAGCGUUGGAACAUUGAGAAACAGUCCGAGAUAAAGAAUAUGAUGAUGUCAAUGGCCGACAGGCAAAUUCAGCUGUACGAGGAUUGCAUGAAGAGCUGGGAAAACAUUCUAGUCAAUCUCAAGUUCGAUGGGAUGAGCCCUGACAUAAAGCAAGUCGAGAAGGCUAAGAUUUUAGCGUAAAUUAUUGGAAAUAUCUCGGUCUCAGUGUUUUUAAUGUCACUUUUGUCCCAUUCGGGGUGAAUUUUCUCUUUCAUUUGUGGAGAACACGAGGUGAUGAGCUAUUGGAUCGACAGGCGAAUCAAUAAAUGGGACCAAAUGCCGAAUGAUGGAUUGGAAUUGAUUACGAUUGAAAUAUUGAAUCACUGACUAUCACUUUUAGUUGAUAGUGACAGAGCUGGAUUUAAUGGGGAAUUAAAUACUUUAAGGCCCCGGUGUACUAUCUUUCGAAUGUUAUCUGGAUUUUUUUAAUCUUUCGUAAUCCGAAAUUGUCAAUUGAGUGGUACA